AUGGUGAUCGUUGUUCAUAUAAGGCCAGAUGAUAUAUUUACACGAAAUACAUGGCGCAGAACGUAUGGAGAUACACGUCUGAAGGAUCAAUUCAGCUAUAGUCUUCUUUUUUCAAUCGGAAAGCCGCAAAAAGUAAGGGAUCAAGAUUUGAUAGAAGAGGAAGGCUAUCUAUACGGAGACAUUCUUCAAACCGACAUAAGCGACAUGUACAGAAACUUAACAUACAAGCACUUGGCCGAACUACGGUAUCUGGCGUUGUCUUGCAAUGAGAACGUGACCCUUUUAAAAUUGGACGACGACGUAGUAUGGGACAUACGGAAGAGCUCGAAUUCGUUAAAAAGAAGAUGCAACCGGAUCGCAUCUAAUUGCUCUAAGCGCGUCAAUCACAAACCAAUGCGAGAAGCAGGAUACAAGUGGACUGUAUCCAAAAACGAAUGGGAACGAGAAAUCUACCCACCGCACUGCGCUGGAUUAGCUUAUUUCGCAUCGCUUGCAGUCGUGAAACGAAUGCUGGACACUGCCUACUCGCAGCGCUUCUUCUGG